AUGAGUGAAGUUGUUCAUCCAGCGAUUACCAAAUGGGAGGCUCUCAAGGUAAUUGUUGAGCAAUGGACCCUCGAAGUCAAUGACAUCAAGAGCCCCGAGAGGGAAUACACAAAAAAACGUCAAAUGCUGCUAAGUCACUAUAACAGCCACCUCUCCCACGUGAAGCAGCACUCGCUGGACCACAAUGAGUAUGCAAGACGAUCAGAAGCGAUUCUUCAAUAUGCUGGUGACCUUAGAGAGCUAGACAUCGAGUAUCAAAAUUCAGUCACCCUACUGGAACGGCAGUUUGGGGAACGGCUAGAGGCGGCAAUUCAGAAGCUUACUUGUGAUCUAUUACCGACCUUGGGAGAUACUCUUUUGGAUCCCUCGGUUGCAACUGUACUCAGUCAGUGUCUACGUCCUAAGGAGUCAACAAUCGAGGCUGGCGAUGUCCAGGAGGAACCCAUCGCGGUGCUGGAAGCCCACAAAGACCCAGGCACCGACCCUGACAUCCCGGCCGAAGCGCCAAUAGACUUGGAAGGGGGUCAAAGCCAAGGUUCACGCCCAAUCGCAGGCAACUCGGAACACCAGAAUCAGGCUUUGGAACAGGCCUCAGGUUUGACAGAAGCCAGAACCUCGGUUGCAGGUGACACCCUGAACCAGCACCAGUCAGCGGUUUACCAGACACUUCCGGUCCAAGAACGAGAGUCGUCAUCACAGUCAAAUCCAGCCACGUAUGGACAAGGCGCUACUAGCCCACUAGCGGCUCAAGCACCAACCCCAAGCCCAACUACAGAGGCGAGCCAACUUUCAGAGGGUGCUGUUGGCACACAUGCAAAGUCAAGCCCAAUAACGAUGCCAGCUUCAGAGACGAACUUGGGGCAAAAUGGAGGAACAGCGCGUUGGGAUAUGUGGCAAGCCUCUCAGACGCAAGAUCAAUCGGUAUCUUCUGCGGAAUGGACAGGGAAUCAAAACAAUACCUCCAAUGGUCAGCAAACCACGGACUCUCUCGUAGUCCAUCUUCGCGCUCCUUUGAAGAGGCUUCAGCCAGAAGCAUCCAGUAGCAAGCAGAAACGACAGAAAUUGCCCGUCGCUCGCCCUGAGGUCUCUGAGGAACGAGUGAUCGACUUUGAUCAGGUCUUCCAGGACGGAAACGCUCAUACCAAGUACAUCAUUGUUGAAUAUCCUCCAGAGUUUGGGGAUUGGUAUAUCCUGGAAUGUAAAGAACACAACAAACACUUCUACAAGGAUCCAAUCAGAGGGGCUUCUCGGCACCUUAUGGGUCAGGAGCACGGGGUAGAUGGAGCGCAUUCCUUUGCAGUGAAAAUGCUUGGGACCCGCGUUCUGGACUGCAAUGAAAUACUGGCUGCGAAGAACAACAGGGUGACAAGACAGUGGUUUCCUCACGUUGCGAGACCUACGAGUAUGAUUUUAGGAAAUGGAACCAAAGAAGAUCCAACGCGAAACGUUGAAAUCAUCCCUAUCGUUGGCGAGAUAUACGCUGCCAAGUUUCCCAAACAGAGCCAUACCUACGCAGUCCUUGUCCUCCCAUGGACAGCCUUUGACCAUUUUCCGUACAUGAAACAGCUACUAAGAGACACUCCUUCAUGCUAUCUCUUCGACAAGGAUAUUGAUCAGUAUCCUCGAGGCUGGGCCAAGGAAUACGAGGAUGGGGGUCGAAAGGUUAAAGAAAGGGUUUAUCCUGUUGUCUACUUCCACAAAGAGAAUUUUCCAGUCCAAUGCGAUAUUGGUUGGGUUCCUCUAACAAGCUUCAAAAUAUACGAUCCUGCGCACACCGGGGUUGUUUGCUCGAAGAUCGUGGACCGAUAUCUCCAGAACAAAGAUCCUCGAUUGGCAGCCAACCAUGAGUACUCGGAUAAUCAUAGUAUCAUCAUACUAGAUGGUGAUGACGGUGAGGAGCAAGUCGGGCUGCCACAAAUGGAGAACCGCAAUGUCGACCGGCGAGCCUUGUACACCUCUGAUUCACAAGAGGAUGGCGUCUGCGUGUCCCGAUCUGAUGUUCAUACACAAGAUCCCUGCACUACUUCAGGCCCGACAGCAAGGAUUGAGUAUCCCUUCGUCAGCGGCGGAUCAGAAGACAUGGGAAGCGCGGAAUCUAGAACAGCAAGCUUCGCAGCUACUUUGGCAUCCAAACAACCAAUUGGGAGCGUCGUGGAGCUGGGAGAGAUACAUGCCGAGAGCACCAAUAGCGACAGGCCCGACCCACAAAGGUUCGAUGCACACAGUCUUCGCUCACCGAGACCGCCACCAAAUGAAGAUAUAGAAGCAGUUUCAGCUGAGACACGAGAAGCGUUGCUGGCGUUGGGGCCAGAUAUUAGUAGCCACGUCCGUUGGUGUGACGAGGGUUUCCAAAAGUCGUGA